AUGUGGGUGUUUUACUUGAUCUCCCUGCCGCUAACCCUAGGCAUGGUGAUCUUGACUCUAAAAUACUUUGCCGGUCCAGAAGUGCCGCGUUACGUGUUUGUUACGGUGGGCUACACUUGGUUCUGCUCCAUUUCAAUCAUCAGCCUUGUCCCUGCCGACAUUUGGACGACAAUAAUUGGUCAAUUUAAUGGAGGCAUCUCUUUCUUUUGGAGUUGGUCAUACUGGAGUACAUUUUUGCUUACAUGGCUUGUUGUGCCCUUGAUACAAGGUUAUGAAGAUGCUGGAGAUUUUACAGUGAAGGCAAGACUAAAGACUAGCAUACAUGUCAAUUUAGUCUUCUAUUUAAUUGUGGGUUCCAUUGGUCUUUUCGGACUUAUUCUCCUCAUUAUUAUGGACAAAAUUGGGUUAGUUUCUUCUCUUAUACUACUUUCACUUCAUUGUAUUUAUUUUCUGGCAAAUCUGGGGCAAGUGAAACCUGUUGCAUAG